AUGAAAGAAAUAAAGGUAAUUUUAAUUAAAUUUUUUUGUACAUUUUUAUACACAGGUAAAGCUCGACGGUUGAAGCAGGCUAAAGAUGAAGCCCAAGCAGAAAUAGAUAAAUUCAAGCAGGAGAGAGAGCGACAGUUCAAGGAAUAUGAAGCAAAGCACCUGGGCUCUCAGGAUGACAUAGCUCUAAAGAUAAAGAAUGACACACACGAGAAGAUUUCUGCCAUGAAUAAGCAAGUGGCGGCUAACAAGGAUAAGGUGAUUGAGCGUAUUUUGCAGCUUGUAAGAGACAUCAGGCCAGAGCUACAUAUUAAUGCAAAAAAAGAAAUGUAAGAUUUUUUUCUUUUAACAACUUCCAUGAUAGCUACAAAAAAAAAAAUGUAUAGAUUAGUAUGUUUUAGGUGUCUAGUAAAGACGUAUCUAUUCUACUGUGCAGUGUGUGUUCAUAAACACACGAGACAAUAUUGCUAAACUAAUGUUCAGUCAGAUCUUAUAUUUUGUGAGUAAAAGAAAAUUAUUUGAAGUAAAUGUUUGUUUUAAAGGUGCACACUAUAUAUGUACAGUAUCUUAUAGUUUUAACUUAUUUUGCAUUCUUAAACAUUUUAAGGAAUUUAUGUACUAGCACUGUAUUGUAGUUAUUUUAAGUUUAUAUGUACAUUAAAUAUUGUGGAUUU